UCCUAGCCCUAUUUAAGAGCUGGCAGCCAAUGGGGAAGGAUCUGUUCUGGAGAUUAGCUCUGUUGGAGUUUUGUAAGUGAGCCCAGGAUAGGGCCUCCCCCUGCAAUGCAUACUGUGCGUAGCUCAGAGACUGCUCCCCAGGCUACAGGUCCACCACCUGCAGCAGAACUCUGUCAGCACAAGCUGUACCAGAGGUGCUCCACAGCACCAGCAAGGAGCAACGCAGCAAAUACAUUUGAUUGCAGUAGAUUCUCUGGGAAGACAAAUACUAGCAGAUACUGGCUGAUACAGAAGGACUUCUAUCGUGCGAAGGUGGCUCCUGAUGAAAGCAGAGACAUCAUCGCUUCUGCUCAGUCCAUCUUAGACAGAGAAAAUUACUUUGUGAGAGAGGUGGACAGGUAUUUGAGGCACCACGAUUUCUUAAAUCUGAGAAAGAAGGAGAUCCUAUACAAGAAAUGGCUUGAGGAUGUUUCAGAGCCACUGCUGUGGAAAAUUGAGGACAAAAUGGACAGCCAGUCGAGGGAAGAAAUACAGAAGAGGAGGGAAGAACAACUGUCUCUCUAUUUAAACUACUGUAAAAAGAAGGGCUAUGUGGCUUUGGAAACUUAUGACCCAUCAGAAUAUGACCCACUGUUCCUGAAGACGUGCACAGACUGCUGGAAGGUUUCAAUACCAGCUUUACAGGAUCCUCUGUUAAAAGCUGUUCAGAAAAAGUUUAUUGAGACAGGCAUUGUCAAGCGGUGUGAGACAGGAAGACCGUGCUCCAGCAGAGAGCUGCAGGAACUGCCCCUGCUUCCCCUGGGCCGGCAGCGCAUGGAUGCGAUCGAGUGGCUGAAGGUUCCACACACCUACAUUGCUAGUGAGCUCCACAGAACAAGGAGGCUGAGAGUCGUGGACCACCACAAAGACAGUGAGAGCAGAUGAUGUCACCUCCAGCUCACUGCAGUGGCAAGCACAGCCAUCAGAAG